UCUUGGGCACCCAAUCCCAACUGUCUUUAUAUAUUAGAGAAGAAAACAUAAUUAUUAUCUUUCCCAUAUACAUACAUACCAAGAAGGAAAAAACCAUUUAGUACUACCUUUGUUUGAUUCACAUAUUUACACACACUUUCCCAAAAUUUCCAAACAAAAUUCUUGGCCACCUUGUUGCAUCCGUGAUAUUUAAGCAGGUUUUUGCAUUUAUUAUGAGAAUUUCAUUCUCACCUGCUUGCAAACAAGUGGCACAACCCCUUGUAAAUUUUCCGGCCGGAGGAAUUAAUGAUCCGUUCAUCCUCCGGCAACGGAAGAAAGAGAAGGUGGUUGUAGUGAUUGGUGCAACUGGGACAGGAAAAUCAAGACUUGCAAUCGACUUGGCGACCCGUUUACCCGCGGAGAUUAUAAACUCGGACAAAAUGCAAGUCUACAAAGGGCUUGAUAUAGCCACCAACAAAGUAACCGACGAAGAGUGCCGCAGCGUGCCACAUCAUUUACUCGGGAUUGUGGAUCCAAACGCGGACUUCAACGCCACCGAUUUUCGACACCUGGCAUUGCACGCUUGCGAUUCGAUCGUACGGCGGAACGGGCUUCCAAUCAUCGCGGGUGGGUCCAAUUCCUACAUCAAGGCUUUGGUCAGCGAUGAUUUUGAAUUCCGGUCGAAAUAUGAUUGUUGCUUUUUAUGGGUUGAUGUAAAAUUACGCGUGCUUCACUCUUUUGUCUCGGAGCGGGUUGAUCGGAUGGUGGAAGCGGGACUGGUAGACGAGGUUCGAGCAAUGUUUGACCCGAAUGCUGAUUAUAAAGUUGGAAUCAGACGAGCUAUCGGAGUUCCAGAAAUGGAUCGGUUUCUACGAUCCGAAUCCGACCCGAAUGUCGAUAGCCAGACCAGAGCUCGCCUACUUAAACAAGCCAUUGAAGAAAUCAAGUCCAACACUCGCGACUUGGCUUGUCGUCAGCGGAAGAACAUUUUGAGCCUCCAAACCCAACUGGGUUUGGGUUUGGGUUUGGAUUUGGGUUUGGGCCUGGGUCUGGGUCCAGAAUGGAGCAUGCUCCACCGCCUCGACGCCACGGAGGUGUUCCUCAGGCGAGGCGCCGCCGCCGCAGCCGAGGCGUGGGAGAGGCUGGUGGCGGAGCCGAGCACCAUCAUCGUGGACCGGUUCCUCCACGAAAAAGACGACCAACAAGAUUUCAUGGCCGCCAUCGCCACCCCGGCUUCCAUCUCCGCCGCCGCUGUCGCCGCCACAACUCGGUAAAGCUGCUGGGGCUCAUUAAAUGUACGGUAGAAAUGACACGUGGGAUGAGGACAAAAUGAUCAUUCGAUAGAGACCUCACAAAACACCUCCUCUAAACUAAUUUGAGCCAUUUAUGUUACUGGAGAUAUAAUCUUUAAAAAAAUUGCACACCAAUAGUAAGCUUCCGUUUGGGAAGUGGGUUCGUUUUUUGACUUUUUUAAUUUUUUUGACUAUUUUAGUUUGGGCUAAAAAAUUUGAUUUAGAAA